UCGACUUCGACAUAUAAGUGAAAAAUAUUUCAGCAGUGAACAACGUUGCACAUGAAAGUUUUUAGACAAGUGAAAAAUAUUUAUUUUAGCUUUGAAAAUGUGCUAAAAUUAGUAAAAAGUGUCUAUUUUUAUGCCUAAACAAAGCACGGAUCUUUUCGAUAGCAACAGUUGGAAACUAAACAGUAGCAGAGCGGCAGAUAAACAAAAAAGUGUUUGAGGUUGUGUGUGUGCGUGAUCGCAUUGGAAAACUUUCCCUAAGUUCUCCACGGUUGCAGUUCACUAUACUGACUGUUUGUUGAAACGGUAACGGUAGUCAACCUCAGCAUUGUAGUGCAAUCAUGGCGACGUCGCAUGACCCCGCUGCUUCAGACAAACGAGCCAAGGAGAUUGAAACGGAGUAUCUGUCCAGUCUGGCGGACCUCAAUGUCAACAGCAAGCCACUGAUCAACAUGCUGACGUUGUUGGCCGAGGAUAAUCUGAACUAUGCUACCAUCAUCGUGAACACCAUUGAGAAACGUCUCGACAAGGUACAACCGGAUGCUAAGCUACCUUUGCUUUACCUGGUCGAUUCCAUCGUCAAGAAUGUAGGCAAAGAGUACCAGUCACUCUUCAGUCAGGUCAUCGUGAGUUUGUUCUGUGGAGUCUUUGAAACAGUAAAUGAACGAGUUCGCGAAAAGAUGUUCAGUUUACGCCAAACAUGGAACGAUGUUUUUCCUCAGUCCAAGCUGUAUGCGUUGGAUAUUAAAGUCAACGCCAUUGAUCCGGGUUGGCCGAUUACUGCACAAUUAAAAUCGAAGUCACCAUCUAUUCACGUCAAUCCAAUGUUCUUGAAAAAUAAGGUUGCUGAACCAAACUUGGAUAUGCAGCAGCAGCUUCGCGAUAAACAACGUGAGCUGCUGGAGCUUCAAGCAAAGAAACUUGAACUAGAGUUGCUAGCCACAAAGAAACGAAUCGAAGAACAGGAAAAACAGUUAAUAAUGCAGACAGCUAGUGUAUCGAAAGAGACUCCCCCCGAUUUCAAGCGGACUGCACCGGCCGGUCGCCAGCCUGCCCAAUCAGGAUCUGCUCCGCGAGGUCGUAUUGUGCCCCCGAAUCCGGCAAUGAUUAAUAUGGUCAAAUCACGCGAUCCUCGUUUAGCACGUCAACAAGCACAGCUCGCAGCUCAAAUAGCAGCUGCCAGUACCAAUUCUACGCCAACAGUAGUCGCCGGAAUACAAAUUCCGCAUCAACCGGUUGCAUUAGAUCCGUCUGGAAAACCGUUAAGCAUCAGGGAACGUCUAGGAAGAAUACCCAAGCGAGUAGUUGAGCCCCGAGUAAAAGCAUCACCUUCUGACGGAGAGCAGCCGAAGAAAGCCUCCAGUGCAGCUAGUAGUAGUAGUGCAACCACCACAUCAUCACAUAAGUCGCGCAGUGAAUAUGAUUCUACUAAAAAGCGUGACCGGAAAGACGAUGCCAAAUCGAGUAAAGGUUCUUCCAGCAAACAAUCCAGCACCGACAAAAAGAAAUCUUCAGUUGAUUCAUCUUCUCCGAAAAGCAGUUCACCUACUAAAAAGAAAUCAACUUCGUUGGAAAAAUCACCUUCUCGAAACGAAAAAAUCCCUACAAAAGCGCGAGAAGGAAAACCAAAUAAAAUCUCUGCCAAAGCCCGUCGAUCUCGUGAUUCUUCAAAAAGUCCUGAGAAUCUUUCGAUUUCACCAGUAUGUAGCAGUGAGAACCUCGUUCCCAUUACCAACGAAUCCAAGGACGUGGAUCUCCGGUUGCUGAUACCGGAAAAGAAGAUGAAAUUGGAUCAGCCACAACCACUUCCACAGGAGAAUGUAGUUAGCAAACCUCUAGCCGAACAAAAGAAAGCCCUGGAAGAAACACUUGAAGUUGACAAUGUGCCAACAUCGAUGGAUGUAGAUCUGCGAAUUCCGCCUCCCGCGGUGAUUACAAAUGUCGGUACUGACAGUAUACCAGCUUCGUCAAUGACAACAGCAAAUGCUGAACUAAUUUCUAGUGUGGAAACUUCUUCCCCUUCGUCAGUUCCAUUAGUUCCGACAGAUAAUAUUAAAAAGCGGCCCAGCAAUCACAAACAUGAAGAACCAGUUCCUAAGAAAAGUAAAGCCGAAAAAAUUGAUAUUCUGUUUGGUGACGAGGACGUUGAUCUGAGAAAGCUAACGGCUCCGAUGACUGCGGUAGAAAUAGUUACUCCGUUACCUCCUCCUCCGCCAAUAAUCUCGGAAGCGUCUCAAACAAUAACGGGAGCUCAGGUGAAGACUGAUUCAGUUGAAAAGGGAAGUACGUCUCCGUCUUCAAAAGCUGCGCUGGAGGCAGUACGUGCAAAAAUCGCAGAAGCCACUAAAAAAGAUCGCGACAAAUUGGGACGCCCAUUAUUGUACAAUAAAUUACCAGAGGAUCCAGUUCAACGCCGUCGUUCUUUCAAUCAACCCAAACCAAUGGACGUUGAUCUACGGACACAUCAUCUUCCAUCACAGGAAAUACUAAACGAUGACAAUUCGCAGGAUGGAAUGAAUGCCAACAUCAAAACCAUUAUAGCCCAGGCACAAGAGCAGAUGGAAAAGGGUGAAAUUUCUCCAGAGCAGUACAACAUUCUGAUGAAGCAGGUGAUUCAACUCAACGAAACGCAAAAAAUUAGACAGGCACAGCGCAUGGAAAUGAUGAAGCGUGCUAAACCGACCCCCGUAGACAAUGUUACACUCGAUGAAGUUGUUGUCUGCUCACCGAAAGAAGAGGAAUCUGCCGCCAGUCCCAUAUCCAAAGAUGACGUUGAGUCUAAACCUGUUGUACCCGUUGGACCUAUCCAACGGAACGACUUCCGUGGCAAAAUAACGCCGCUGGAUGCUAAACCUAACUUUACUGGCCCUACCACAGAUAUAAGGCAAAGAGAUCCUCGUCGUGUCAGAGAAAGCCGCUUCAAUCAACCCCAAUGGGAAAAUCGAGGCCCUAUGCCUGGUCCCGUGACGAUUGCUCCAACUCUUCCAAUAAUUAACCAACGACCACCAGUUCCCAUGUUGAACCCGUGGGAACAAGCUCCGUUCCCGAUAAUGGAACCUAACCUUACUGCACCUCUAAUUGGACCUCGAUUUCCGCCUAUUCCAACUACUAUGACAAACGGACCUCCGCAAACCAUGCUUAUGCCGGUCGUUCCCAAAGCCAAUGAUAGCGUUCGUACGAUCAACAUUGACGGAAUACAGCGCGAGAUUCGAUUCUACGAUGAUAUAGCCGUUAUAUUCAUGAGUUGGGAUGAACCCAAGGAAAUCGGAUUUCAGAAAGGUUCCCGAAUGGUUAUCGUUGAUGAUCUUGAUUCCUUUGAGCUUAGCUUUAACGAGUGCUACAAGUCCAUCACAAUCGAUGGAAAAGUCUAUCAAAUGAAGCUGGGAGCACCCACGCGCGAAUUGUAUAUUGACAAUACUUGGUAUGAAUGUUACUUCGGAGAUCCACCGACGACGAUCGCUCUAGACGGCAUAAGUCGAGUAUUCAAAAUCAGUGGCCCACCCCCACAGGUGAAAAUUGGAAAGAGUCGAAAUGAUCUAGUCGCUGGAAAAAUUAACAUGAUAGUCAACGCAGAAACCAUCAUUCCUGUGUUCCUCGAUUCGCAAGUACAGAUAAUCGAAAUUCACGGACAGAUGCAUAAGCUGCAAUUUGCAGAUUUCCUACUCACAGUCAUCAUCAACGAUCAACCCUUUUUAGUCGAAUACGGAGGGUUACCGAAAGUGUUCAAAUUAAGAGGAAAAGACUACUACAUCCGAUUUACGGCUGUUCCGAAAUUAGUUGUACCAGGUAGGGUGUACAUCCGAGAUAUGUUGCGAACUCCACUGCAUCGAGAUCUGCGCACUCCACCGCGUGACCAAAGCAUGAUGAUGCCUUUCGUUCAACCAAUGAGUAAUAUCAUGCCUUUGCUGCCAGGUCUUCCUACCUCUCAUGGCAUGUUCCCAGGUGCUUCAAUCAUUCCUCCGCCACCGCAAGCUCCAACGCAACCGGCAAUAGCUACCGGAUUGGACUAUCUCACGAAUCUAAUACCGCAUGCACCCUCUGGAGUGAAUGUUUCCAACAACCUAGCGGGCUAUCAGAUUCAAUCCGAAGACAAACCAGCAAUUGCCGUCCCUACUUCGGCACCAUCCGUUCCUGCCAAUCCUACUGGUGGAAUGAAUUUGCCAAUAUUGCAGAAUAUCAAUAUUGAUGAACUAUACAAGAAAAUAGUUGCUGCGGGUAUUCUUGCAAAAACUAGCAGUGUUCCAGUCAGUGCAUCGUCUUCUUCCACGUCCGUGGCCAGUAAACUCGAUAAAGUGUUGGAUGAAGAUCUUGAAGAAAUUGAGCCGGUGUAUCUUAGCAAAUCAGAUACACUAAAACGUCGCCAAACUGCAAUCGUUGCCCAGCUUUUCUGUGGAAUGCAGUGUAGCAGUUGCGGUGUUCGGUUUCCCCCGGAGCAAACAAUGAAAUAUAGUCAACAUUUGGACUGGCAUUUCCGCCAGAACAGACGUGACCGCGAUUCUGCUAGAAAAGCUCAUUCUCGAAAAUGGUACUAUGAUGUGUCAGACUGGAUACAGUAUGAGGAGAUUGAGGAUUUGGAAGAGCGUGAAAAGAACUGGUUCGAAACUCAGCAAACGGAGCAAACCGAGUUCAAUGGUGACGGCGAUCAGGGUAAUCGGAACGUUGAUUCUCCCCUACCGAGCUGUCCGGCUGGUUCGGACGAAAUCGACAAAAGGUGCCAUAUGUGCCAUGAUGACUUCGAACAAUUCUAUAACGAAGAAACGGAGGAAUGGCAUUUGAAAAAUGCAAUUCGUGUCGAUGAAAAUACCUAUCAUCCGCUUUGUUACGAAGACUACAAGGCUUCACUAACACUGGAUGAAUCAGCGAUAAAUGUCACUACCGAGGGCGAACAAAGUAAAAUGGAUGAAGACGUAGAAGAGGUUAAAAUUAAAACUGAGGUGAUAAGUGAUGCCGAUGAUAGCAUUAAAGAAAUCACUAUAGAUGAUGAUGAUGAUGUAAUUGUAUUACCACCAAGUGAAGAAAUUGUUACCGAAAUACCCGACGACGACGAUCAAGAGGCAAUAGAUUCACAAACGAAGACAGAUGUCGUCACUGAGAAUGAAAGUAGCAAUAAGCUAGAUUCUGCGGUUAUGGAAACUAACGUUUCGCCUCACGAAAUAAAAAUUACGGAAACACGAAUCGAUGACGAUAUUGUUAUCCAGGAACCUACUAUUGAGAAAAUCGAUGUGAAUGAUUUGGACGAGAGUGAAGAGAUCGAUCCAUCUACUAGACUAUCAGGUAUACUGGACGAGAACUCGCAGAUGUCGCCUUCCUCACAGGUGAAAGUAAAGGAAGAACCUAAAGAUGAUGAUGAAGUCGACGAAGAGGAUGCCCUUUUCGAAGAUGUUGGGACGAUCGAAUCGGUAGUGGUCCAGAAAUUGCCUAAGGAUAUAGAAACGGUUGAUGUUGAAGCUGUUCCAUCGCCCUCGGCCGCACUGGAAAGCACGAGUCAGGUUCAUUUAAAACCGUCCAUCGACGGAAACGAUGAUCUGCAGGAUACGCCUGCCUCGGGGCUGUUUACCAAUAGGAUCAAAAUUAACAUCACUAAAGCGAAAACCACUACGAACACUAGCAGUAGCUCUAGUGGCACCAUUACAACUAGCAGCAUUAGCAACGGCAGUAGCUCAACACUUGGAUCCAGUAUUGCAGUUCUCAUCAGUGGUGGCGGUGGUGGUGGCUAUCACGAAAACGGUACCGACGACCUGCUGUACGGCAAUCUCGAUGAUGUACAUGGUCACAACGAGAACAGUCAAAACAGUAGUAAUCAAUUGAUAAUGGUGAUGCAUGAAGAAGAGCAAGAUGAUUCUAAUAAAGGGCCGGUCGCCACGACCAAAGAAGAACCGACUGAUAUUGCGUAUGAUUUGAAGCCGAGUUUGCAGGGUAUCGAUUUUACCCGGCAGCCUCGCGUAGAGAACGGACUUGAAACAUCCGGACUUUGCUCGAUAAUGUAAAACAAGAAAAAAUGAAUGAGUGUUUGAAUUUGAUACUUGAAAAAUGAAAAAAAAAAGAAGUCUAAACAAUGUGAUAUAAAGCCGUUGCCCGUGGGAAUGACCUACCAAGCAGGAUUUGCAAAACGGGGUUUGGCUUUUUAUAAAAAAAUACUUUUAGUGUACAUUGCUAUAAAUUAGUCGGUAGCUACGGAGAACUAUUUCAUUUUUGAAGAAAAAGUUCAAAUCUCUCAAAACGGACAAUCAAACUGUCAAAAUGAGAGUGUACAUAAAUCACAAUUUUAUUUGAAGAUAAGGUUAGAACUAAGUUUUGUAGUUAUGAAGAAACAAGAACGGAAAUAAAAUUUAAUUUAUCCCCUUUCUUACCUCCCCCUUGGAACCCGGCUGAAACGAGAAAUUAGUUCCUUCAUAGCGAAAACAUUCGCGUUUGGUAUUACAAUGCAAUAAAGCCGAAAAUUCAGUUGAAGUGCCCAUAAUUUUAUAUAAAAGAAAUUAACCAUAUGAAAAUGAACAAGUAGUGUUGUAUCAUGUGAACAUUUUUCUUGUGUUAAAGGAAUUGUUUUGAGGGAUGUGUAUUCCAACUAUUAUAGCUAUUUUGUCGGUUAGCAAUACAUCUUUAUUAAACUUCAUUGUAAAUGGUUUGUUUAGUCAAAUAUUGAAAAAAUGAAUUAUUUUAUUUUCAUUAAAACGAUGGGUGGCUUAUUUUCUAAUGGAACUCGUGCAACACUCCAGGAUAAUACGGAGAACGGACGGCGCUGUAGUGAAUUCAAAUAAACUCAAAUAUACUGGGAAAUACAAAAACGAA